AUGUCUUCAAACAACGACAAGACUUACUAUAAGACAAUCAGAGAGAGACCCGUCCACCUUUGCGCAAAGGGCCAAGGGCAAGGACAGCCUCUCAACUUUAGUCCAGUCCGGGCACUGGAAGAGCGCCAGCCCAAGAAACGCCUGCCUCUGCUUGAGUCCGGCGGGUACUUGCCUCGCGACCUCAGAAACAUCCACGCUUGCAUCGACGGCCUGAUUGAGGGCCCAGAAAGCAUCGACGCCCUCAAGAACAAGUGGGAGCCUGAGCUCGUGCAGCACUACGAGCCAGACAGCCUUGGCUAUGUUUGGGCAGCUUUGGCUUCUUUCGGACUCGCAGCACCGCUCGUCGAAGAUGCUACCGUCCGUCUAGCCAGCUGCUUCAUCCGCUGCGUGCUGAAUUACGGCCAACGCCGGGACAAGACGGGUCCGGUUCUUUGCUUCCGCGAUGAGCGCCGGACGUAUUCUUAUGCGGAGGGCAAGAAGCAGAUCCACGCGGUGGACGAUGGGAGCAUCCGACUCAUGGAUCCGGUAAACACUAGCCAACACGUGGCGAUGCUGGAAGUCAAACGGACGUUUGAGAAAGUCAUCGAGGGGGAUCCAAGCGUCUCUGACGAGCUGCUAGCCCAAAUGGUGGGAGAAACGCUGGCCCUUCGAUGCGGAGACAUUGAACCAGUCUCUCAGACCGACUUUAUCACGAUUCUUGCGGUCACUCACUUCGUGAGAUUCUUUCACUUUCACAUCUCGGACGACUUUUACCGCAGCUACCAAGAAUUGCUCGCCAACAACUCGGACAACCUAGCCGGCUUUCUGCGUAUCGACUCUACAGUAUGGCUUGACAUCAAGAAGCGUGAACAUAGAGAGGACAUUGCCUCCCAUAUCCUUGCUUUGGUAGCCUGGGCCAAGGACUGA